AAUUACUAUAACCCAAAUCCAAAAAUGGACUCCCCUCCCUCCUCACAGCUAUCAGACCCCUCCAGCUCCUUAAUCCCACCCAAAAAACGCCGCUUGCUGCCUCUCAUGAACCCAGACCCUGAAGACCCUCUGUCACGAUAUGUCAGAAUCCUUACUAUCCUGUUCUUCUGCUUUCAGGUAGUGGGAGCAGUAGGGCUAGUAUAUCAGGUUGUGAUAAUGUGAAUAGAUAGUGUUGUGUUUGAGCCAAUGCAUCAUGUGGCGGCGCAAACUUUUUAUUUUUUAACAUCGAUUGCUGCUGUUGUGUUUUUAUUUCUUCCUAACAAAGUUGAAAUUAUGAAAUAUAUGGAAGGAAUAUUUUCAAUUGGAUUUGGUUCAGCCUUAGGAGGUAUGAUUGGAGAAAUGGUAUUUAUGAUAAGAUUUAUAGAAAUAUUAGAUUCUGGUGAACAAACUCGAGUAAUCUUCUACUUUCUCAGUCAUAUUGCCCAGUUUUUCUCAACUUUAACUAUCUUAGUUAUAUUUUUUAUGAGAAAGUGGAUUUAUAAAAGAGGUGAAAUAAGGCAACUAGGCUAUUAUUCUAACAAAGAUGACUCCAACGACAGUAUUGCUCCACCCAGUUACAGUCAGGUUGAUAAUGAAGCAAUCCCAGCCAGCAAUUCCAGCUCAAGCAACUCUGAUCCCUAGACCUGAUUCCUAUAAUUCUCCUAA